AUGGCCUCAUUCUCUCGUACCCCGCAAUCCGCUAAAACUUUGCCGCCUACUCCGCCAAUGCUGGAGCAACAUUUGGAAUUGAAAGCAGGGUCUUUCUUUUCUUCGUGUCCAGACACUGUCCAGAAUGAUUUGUCCUACAUCGGUAUAGAAGAAAAUCGAUUGGGACUUCACCUGGGUCAUGCGAUCCACGAAAUCCCGCCUCUUGUCGUUUACAACACAGAUGCUUGUGUUUAUUCCCCCCAGUUUCCUCCAGGUCAUUGUCUCAACACCGCCUUUGCGCAGAAAUAUCAACUGGAGGAUGAACUCGGUUCGGGCGGGUACGGUUUUGUCAUGACAGCAUAUCAUCGCAUUGAGGGUGAUGAGGUCGCUGUCAAGUUCAUCAUCAAAGACAAGGUUCCUGAACAUGCAUGGACAGAAGAUCCUAUUUCCGGGAGAAUACCAACGGAGGUCUUGAUACUCACCCAUAUCAGCCAUCCGAACAUUGUCAAGUGUUUAGCCGUCUUUGAAGAUGACCGCUUUUAUUACUUGGUUCAGGAACUGCAUGGUUCUCCUUGGCACAAGGAUCAUAAAUUAGACGCCCAACCUCCCUGUUAUUACUUCGCAUCUCAUUCAUCCUCUUCAAUGCCUACACCGUCUUUGUCACCAUCAUCCUCACAUUCCUCAUUACCAGCCUCUGAACCAAACACUCCUCCACAUGUGUUUGCCUCCCUCCAUCCAGAGAAUGAACACGAUCGUCCUCAUGUUUCCAAUGGUGCCGCGAUUCCGAAGCUUCUUCAUUCCCAACUUGCAAUUAUCCAGGACAGCAGUCGGCCAGAGUUUACCCGUCGACCCUCCCACGACCUUUUUGAAUGUAUUGAACAGUCAGAGCACAAAAAAUUAAAUGAGGCUCAAGCUCGUUUUGUUUUUUCCCAAGUUGUUGAUGCUGUUCAGUAUCUUCAUGAUCACAACAUUGUACAUCGGGAUAUAAAGGAUGAAAACUUGGUCAUCGAUAAAAAUUUGAAGGUUAAACUUAUCGAUUUUGGCAGUGCGGUCGCGUUCGACCCGGUUAAACCACGCCCUUUUUAUCAGACCUUCUGCGGAACAGCGGCAUACGCGUCAUCAGAAAUCCUUCUAAAGAAGGAAUACCAGGCUGCUCCCGCUGAAAUAUGGACAUUGGGAAUUUUAUUGUCGUACCUCCUUGCCGGUGUAUCUCCUUUCCCCACUGCUCGUGACGCCGCCGAUGGUCGCAUCUUUCUUUCUGAGAAAGUGGUAGGUAAAAUACCGGACAAGGCAAUGGAUCUAAUGCGUCGAUGCCUUGACCCAAACCCCACAAGCCGUGCCGAUAUCUCUGAAAUCAAAGCCCACGCCUGGUUACGGCCACCUUCGUUUGUCUAA